GUCGAUGGUUGUCUGGGGCGUACGCUCUCCCACCUGUGUGUGUGUGCUGAUCACAAACCUAAAUACUAAUUGUUUUUAGUUAAAAUAUACUGGACUAUGAUAAGGAAGUAUACUUGCUGCUUGGUCAGUAAGCUACUAAGGACGUGGCCUUAAUAACCCUUCAAAGGUUGAUAGGCUUUAAGCCCAAAACCAUAAUUCGACAUCAAGCACAUAUUUUGAAGACGUGAAAUCAUGUGAAAUCAUGAACACAAAUCUUUUUACCAAUUGCUAAUACUGGAAGCUUAAAACAAGAGUCGAAAGUAAGGAAAUUACCAUAUGAACAGACAGUCGAAUACCAGACCUAUAUUUUGAUGAAGUUUGCCUCACAGUGGAACGACAUGGCGAUUCAGUGGGAAGGUGAGGACCUGAUAGUGAAGCUCUCGACCAUCCUCAGGUUCUGUUGCGAUCCUGCAGGAGGGGACGAGCCCCCAGGGUACCACAGGGGUUUAGUGGUGGACGAACCCCAAGCCCCCAGCGACCACGGGCCAUGGGCGCACCUCUUGCUCAACCAUCGUCUGGAAAGUCCUCGCUACACCAUCCUGCCCACUAUCACGGCUGUGUCUCCCUGGGACGACACCGAGCUCCACGACCAGGUCUUCGGCGGGAGUAACGCUGUAAACCACGUCAUCGUACCGACCUCCGUACUGCCUUCCCUAGAAGUUACGACGCCCUCCGAUCUUCAAGCUUUAAUGGCUAGAGAAGCCACCAUCAACGCCACCCACAGGUUCUAUGAUGCCCUCCGAGCUGUCCUGCACGGGGACGGCCUAGGAACCAUUAUUGAGCUCGGGCAGGAGCGGGAAGUGAAGGUGGACGCGGCGGGAAUAAUCACUCCUCACCUGCAGGAAGCCUCCCAUCCACACCUCAGCCACAACAACGAUCCACAUCACAGCCCUUCCAUGUCACCCCUUAUCCAGGUGUGUGCAGCGCUGGGUGUAUUGGUGGUGGUGAUGGUGGUCCUAUUCCACACUCAUCACUUCCGUCGAGACUGUGGGACGGAGCAACGGGCUCUCCGUCGCCUUGCACAACACUACCAUGUGACGCGCGACGGGGACCCAGAUGAUGUUGAGAGGCACGCUGACACUGACGUGACGGACGUGACGCUCUGAGGCGACAGACGUGACACUGAAGUGUCGGUCUCAGGUGAGGAAGGUGGAACUCUGAGGUGACGGACGUGACGUUCGAAGACAGUGGUUCCCAUCCAGGGAUCCACAGACCUCCGUGGAUCCACAAUCAAAGUUCAAAAUUUCUAGAAGCUCCAGGCUUUCAUCCAUCACUUGCAAGGUUUGAAGAACAGUUUGAGUGAUUAUUUUUCUCUUCCAAGCGUCAACAAAUAAGUGGACCGGAUACAUUUCACUUAGACGUAACAAAUGUAAAAUUCAACAUCAAAUGAAGAAUAUCGUCUUGUUGAAUUUCCGAGUGAUACCUCACUGAGGUCAAAUUUCAUUCGGUACAAAUUAUCAGACUUUUGAUUGCAUGUGAAAACGGAGUCCCCAGAACUGGCAUUCAAAGCCCUGAGAUAUUUAAUGCCAUUCUCCACUACAUAUUUAUGUGAGGAAGCUUUCUCCAGGCUGCUUUAUUUAAAAUCAAAAUACAGAAACAGGAUGAAUGUGGGACUUGAUUUACAACUUAAGCUGUCUGGCAUUGAACCUGAAAUUCGCAAUGUGGCGUCAACAAAGCAGUAUCAACCAUCUCGUUCAACUUGUAAGUUUUUUUUUUAAUACUGUCAUUUAUUUAAUUGCAUACUAGUUACAUGUGUCUGUCAUUUGAGGUAAGAAACUGGGAAAACGAGUUCCCUGCUAGUUAAUUAAUAAAAUUGUCUUGCUUGAGAACACAGUUCUUUCAAAAACUGAGGUCCGUGGGAAUGGGGGAAUUAUCAGGGGAAAGCGCCAAGGCAUUACGACUAUAUAGCACUUGGAAAGGGUUCAGGAAAAGUAUUUGGGAUGGGACGGGGAGAAGGAAUGGAAAAAUUCAGUAAAUACAAUAUGUCUUUGGUAGUAAAAAGAGUGGGAAAAGCAACUCUAAGGUGACUGGCUUUAAAAAUCACCAAUAAUUUUUUUUAUUUAUUUUUAUUGUUACCUAUUGUUUCAAAGUUACAGUUAUAUACAUUGGUAUUAAAUGUUUAACUAUAUACGUAUUUUAGAGGUUUUCUCUCCUAUGGCAUACACUGCCAUCUGAAACAAAUACAUUAGGUUUUAAGUCGACUGCCCUAACCAACGUGGACAAAUUAGUUUUUUUUAGGCUUUUACUGUUUACUGCUUAUCUGGAUUUAGCUGAAUACCUCUAUUUUAAACCGGGUAAAUAUGCUCCUGUUGUAUUUAUUUCUCUAGACUCGUUUAUUCAGGUUUGGAACUAAAACAACUCUACAGAAUGAUUCCAGUAAAAUUUUCAGAGAAGCAUCUCGAUCAUGUAAUAUCCUAAAGGGCCUAUGUUUUCUAGUUUAUUUUCUAUCAUAUGUGACUAUUCACUUAUACAAUGCCAACCAGUA